AGCGCAACUCCCCUUCAAUCUAGCACUGCAGCCUAUGCAUUUGGUAUACAUCACAACAUGUGGUACGGUGCGGGCGGUUCUAUCCAAGUAGCGAUGUCUAGAAUGGUGACUGCCAAAGUCAAUAUGAACGCGAGCAGUACUCAUACAUUCUUGGAGAUUGUCAAAGCUCGCUUCGGUGUCGUAGCUCAUAUCGUAUUUACCACUUGUGCGUUCUUGUUGUACGCGGAUCUCUCUUGGGUGAGUUUGCCGCGUGUUGAGAUGGUUACUGACGCGUGUUUCAGUGGGAGGUGCCGCUGCUGUAAACGCCUCACUGGCAUGAAUAUACUUGCUGCAUAUGUUCUAUUGCCAAUCGGCAUCGUGGUCUAUGUCGUUUUCGGUGGAUUGCGUGCUACUUUUAUGUAUGAUUGA